CCCCCCCAUGGGUUAUCCGUUGGGUUUCGCAAGUCUGCAGCUCGCUCCACCCGACAACCCCCGGCGACCACGUUCUCCGCCCGAGGAUCCCAAAAGGGCUGUAGCCUUCUCUACCUUCCUUCUUCAAAGUUGUCUCACAUUUUCAGGAUACGCUUGGCCUUCGAAGCGAUCUUCCGCAAAUCCGCUACGCUCCAGGACGUAGACCCAGACCCAGAGUUAGGAUCCGCCGGUAGCGCAAGACGCGACAGCCAGGAUGGCAUGAAUGUUCCACCUCACACGCCCAUGCUAAUUCCGAGCCCAGCCACAUCAAAGAAAGUGCAACUGCCACGCGAGAGAGUAAUAGACAUGUCGGCUGAAAAUCAGAAACGAUGGGAGGAGAGCGAAAUGGCUUUGGAAGUCGAUUUCUCCAGGUGCCAUAUCGACCCGGCACCCUUCCAAUUGGUAGAAAGGACGUCUCUUCUGAAAGUACAUAGUCUGUUCAGCAUGGUGGGAGUAAACCAUGCUUACGUGACGGCUAUAGGAAGACUGGUUGGGGUUGUCGCAUUAAAAGAGCUGAGGAAAGCGAUAGAAGACGCAAACGCCGGAAUUUUGCCCAUGCAUCAGGAAUCCCAUAUCGGGUUUUCAACCUCCAGCCUCGCAAAGAGUGAGACGGACACGGAAAGCAAAAACAUUAGCACGAUGAACUCUAUCGCUUCCGUUGAUUGUGAGAAAGUGGAAAAAGUCUGAGAGGCGAGUGUUAGAGAAAGGAGAAGAGAGACGGAGCAAGGGUGAUAAGUAGAAGCAAAAAUGUGAUAGUUGCGUUACUGAACACGUGACGCGACUCGAACGAUGCGAGAGACGUGUUUUUGUUAAAAUGUUCCCUUCCAUCCGCAACCGUGAACACACUUGAAAAAUUCCAGCAACAAGUCCCCUGGUAGCCGCUUGCGUGUUGCAACGAUCGCUUUCGUACGCCCCUCUCGUACUUAACCGGGGACAAGAUUAUGUCGUGUUUAAAACCAAAUCACGCGUUCUGCGGUAUCUGUCACCGUCUAUGACUGUGGCUUGGAAACUGUAAACAAUUAAACGGGUUACUUGCAGUAUAAUUUGAGACUUUCGAGGCUCAGAUUCUCAGGUUAAUACCGUUCAAGACUUCUUUAUUUUAUGAGACGUUUGCUUUUGUAUUUUAUCGACAUUGCAAUUUUGUCAAACAAAAUAGUUCUCCCGCUAGUUUCUUAUAAACAUUACAGACUUUUAAACAUUGCGGCAAUAACUCGAUGUUUGUAUAUAGGAUUCUACAAAUAUCUCUACCGGACCACAAUAAUCCACUGAGUCGACGCUAUAGAUAUAGCGCUAUAGACAAGUCGGCCUAGUAGGCCUUAUUUUACCUACAGUAGAGAAUAUAUACAAGCGCUAGUUUAUCUCCACGACGUUUAAAAAACAUGCCCUUCUAGGCAUCUAGCGAAGGAAUUACUCUACACUUCUGACGAUAAGUACAUAUAGAACGUCCGUAGUGUCGGUAUCAACAUUAGCAUUGAUAAGAGUGUUAGCAUCGAUACUGUACCAUUAUUAGUAUAUUGUCAAGCCUUUGUAAAAACUCCGUUGGCAGUUGUAAACUCCGAGAGCCUCGAACGGUAUCGACUGUUGUUAAUGGUAUUCGUACGCGAAGAAGGAAGACUUCCGUAUCGAAGAUUUCAUCAGGGUCUAUAAAAACUUUCCUUUCUUCCUUAGACGAAUCUUUCCAAUAAUGAGAGAGCAUCAUUCGCUUCGCAUUGUAUUUUAGAACCGUAGCAUAAUAAAUUAUAAUAAGAAGAGUUA